UCCACGCCGUCCACGCCGGGUCGGCUCGGGCUCUGCGCCGCGCGGACGGCCUCGCCCGAGCGGGUCUCGGCUCCCCGAGGGCCUGUGCCCCCGCGCUCGCCCUGCCGCCGCGGCCGCUGUCCGGGACUCGGGCUCCGCGCGGUCCGGGGCGGCCGCCCUUCCGUGUCCGCGGCCGCACGGGGAGCCGGGCCGGACGAGAGGCGGCGCAGAGCCCGGAGGCCGCGGGCCCGCGCCCUGCCGACGUCCGCGAUGUUGCUGUCCAAGUUCGGUUCUCUGGCGCACCUCUGCGGGCAGGGCGGUGUGGACCACCUCCCGGUGAAGAUCCUGCAACCAGCAAAAGCGGACAAGGAGAGCUUCGAGAAAGUGUACCAGGUGGGCGCCGUGCUUGGCAGCGGCGGCUUCGGCACUGUCUACGCGGGCAGUCGCAUCGCCGAUGGCCUCCCGGUGGCCGUGAAGCACGUGGUGAAGGAGCGGGUGACCGAGUGGGGCAGCAUCGGCGGCGCGGCCGCGCCCCUCGAGGUGGUCCUCCUGCGCAAGGUGGGCGCGGCGGGCGGCGUGCGCGGCGUCAUCCGCCUGCUGGAUUGGUUCGAGCGGCCCGACGGCUUCCUGCUGGUGCUGGAGCGGCCCGAGCCGGCGCAGGACCUCUUCGACUUCAUCACGGAGCGCGGGGCGCUCGCCGAGCCGCUGGCGCGGCGCUUUUUCGCGCAGGUGUUGGCGGCCGUGCGCCACUGCCACGGCUGCGGCGUUGUGCACCGUGACAUCAAGGACGAGAACCUGCUCGUGGACCUGCGCUCCGGAGAGCUCAAGCUUAUCGACUUCGGCUCGGGCGCGCUGCUCAAGGACACGGUCUACACCGACUUCGACGGCACCCGGGUGUACAGCCCCCCGGAGUGGAUCCGUUACCACCGCUACCACGGGCGCUCGGCCACCGUGUGGUCGUUGGGCGUGCUGCUCUACGACAUGGUGUGCGGGGACAUUCCCUUCGAGCAGGAUGAAGAGAUUCUUCGCGGCCGCCUGUCCUUCCGCAGGAGGGUUUCCCCAGAGUGCCAGCAGCUCAUUCAGUGGUGUCUGUCCCUGCGGCCCUCGGAGCGGCCCUCGCUGGACCAGAUCUCUGCCCACCCCUGGAUGCUGGGGGCCGAUGGGUGUCCCUCGGAGAGCUGUGACCUGCGGCUCUGUGGCCUAGACGCCGACGACGGGGCCAGCACCACCUCCAGCAGCGAGAGCUUGUGAGGGCGGCCUGCGUCUGUCCAUGGGAGCCAAAGGGACCACUUGCCCCAGCUGGACUGCCUGUUCCCUGCAAAAGCGAUGACCUCUGGCCCCUGGGACUUAGCCUUUGGCUCGGGGCGUUUCCUCUGCUUUGAGUGCCUUCAUGAAAGCUGCUUUCACGGGACUUGGUGUCUCAUCCUCUGUCCAAAGACGCUCUGGUGGAAGCAAAGGCCUGGCUGCCCAGGGCGGGGCCCUAAUGGAGAUCAUCCCUCCUCCGUGCUGCCCGGGGAGCUGGCCUCUGCCCUCAGGCCUCCCUGUUGACUGGGCUGAACCAGAAGCACUCAGGCCCCCUGCCCACCUCCUGUGCUGCCCUGUUUUGGGCGUAUCUGUGCACGAGCAAUGCAAUGUUGGGGCCCCUGCUGCCCACCCGCACGCCCUGCGUGCGCACGUCUGUUAUUUAUGGUGUGACCCCAGAGGAGGGCUAUUUAUUGUUUAAUUUAUUUGUUGAGGUUCUUCCCUUCCAGCAGCCCUGCUGCCUCCAGGCCCCUGGGCUCCGAGGUGUGGCUGUGUGUGGACCUCAGGUCCCAGUCCUACCUGUGUCUGUCGGAAGGUAGACUUGUACAGCAGCUAAUUUAAGGGAGUGGGUGGCUGCCACCUGGAGGCUCUCUGCCCGGGGGUGGGUUUUAAAUUAUUGACCUUGUACAGUCGCUUGUUGGCUCUGGAAGCUGGAGGGUGGGGGACAGAGUCUCAAGCCUUUAAUUUAUUUCAGCAGCUCUGUUUCUGUGAUCCCGGUGUGGGCCUCGUGGAUGGGGUUUCAGUUCAAAAGCAAGAUGUCUGGAGAUCAUAUUUUUUAUACAGGUAUUUCAAUUAAAUUGUUUUGUAUGUAGCA